AUGCCUUCCUAUGCCAAAUUUAUGAAGGAAUUGCUCACCAAAAAGAGGAAGUACAUUGAGGAGGAGACAAUUGAAGUGCAAGGCAAUUGUAGUGCAAUUAUUCAAAAGAUCUUGCCUCCCAAAUUCAAAGAUCUAGGUACUUUUACUAUACCAUGCACCAUUGGGAAAUUACCCAUUGGAAAGGCAUUAAUUGAUUUGGGAGAAAAUAUAAAUUUGAUGCCUCUUUCCAUGAUGAGAAGAAUUGGAGAUUUGGAGGUGAAACCCACGAGGAUGACACUUCAAUUGGCUGAUCGGUCUAUUAAGUGUCCAUAUGGUGUUAUAGAAGAUGUAUUGGUGAAAGUUGAUAAAUUCACUUUUCCAGUGGAUUUUGUCAUCUUGGAUAUGGAGGAGGAUACUGAGGUCCCUCUCAUAUUGGGGCGCCCAUUCAUGAAGACUGACAGGGUGAUUAUUGAUGUGGAUGAUGGUCAUCUAAAAGUUCGUGUGCAAGAUGAAACUGUGACUUUUAAUGUCAUAGAGGCCAUGCAACAUCCAAGUGAUAGUGGCAAUUGUUUCAGAGUGGAGGUCCUUGAUGAAGUGAUUGACACAGCUAAGAGUCAGAUGCAUGUAAAAUCCUCUCUUGAGAGAGUUUUGACUGAUUCUUGUGAUAAUUUGACUCUUGAAGAGGAAGCAGAAUUGGAAGAAGUCACUAUACACUAG